GUCCUGGCGUCAGCGGGAGCAGACAAAAAAUUUGGUCUAUACCGCCCAUAACGCGUUGCGGAACUGCACUACAGCAGGGGGGGGCUAUCAUUACGUUGCUCUUCCUUUACUGGCCUCGCACCCCAAAUGACGUCGGCAAGGCUCCGAGUAAUGGAGGCAAUGACGACGAACCCAAUGUCUCAGUUCUCGGCCCUGUCUGUCUUCCCCUCUAUCCGCGCCACGCCACUGCCCUCGGCAUGUGACUUCUGGUCUCCAGGGAACGAACGGAGAAAGUCAAACAACUCCCCUUUGGCCACCUGCAAUAGUGAGGAACUCUCGUUUGGGUCUUUUCCCCUGAGAGGCCUGUCGAGAUGCUUGCGAGUUUUCCCAGAGAAUCAAAUCACUUCGACCUGGACGCUACGUAGCGCCGUGGGGAGGAUGCAGUAUACAGGGAAGGGCGAGAGAAUGAUGUGGCUGACGAGCCGUGGUUUGGUGGGAUAUCAGGAAAAUACAGGUCUCACGAAGAAAUAAUCAACAAGAUAUGAAAAGCAAAGAAAAAAAAUGGAAAAAGGGCCCGACUCGGUGCAAUUCUGGAGAAGACAAAAUCGAUGCAGGUGAUAAUUCAUGAACCUCUAACGCGGCGUGCAUGAAGUCAGCGCAAAGAGUCCUGCCUCACUCGAAAUACAUGACAAAUGCUUCGUAAUUCAAGUAUACGUACGGUAUUACCAACACAUGUAAGAGCUACGCCACUCAGGUUGAACGGAGAG